GUCACAUGUCUCCCGUUUACUCUACGACAUUUUUCUUCAACCGUUGACAUUGGACAAUCGCUGCUGCCGCAGCGUUAAUAGUUUUUUACUUCAGUUGAAACAUGAUGCAAUCAGCGGUCUCAAAAUUUCAUUUUCGAUAAAUAUUUAACAAACGCCGCGAUACGCGGCGCCGUUCGUGUUUGUGCGCGUGCACGAGUGGCGCGCUUGCGUCCUUCCGGUCACUUGCCAUCGUUUAGGCCGACCGGUGCGCCGACGCCGCAUUAUAAAUUCGACUUCCACCGAAACAUUUUGCGUUGACCAAACUUCUCGUCUAUUACAGUGUCCGCCCCUGCCAUCUAUUUUCAAUGUUUAAAUUUCGUUCAGCCUUCUCUACGAAUAACGAAUUCAACAAGUGUUGUUUUCGCUUGAGCAGAAGUACACAGAUACGUCGCCUUCUCGGCGCGCGUGUAGCCCGUUGAUUGUCAUUGAACUUGGUGAUAUCAGCUUUCACAUAUUAUUAUUUAUUCCAACACCAGUCGUUUAUUUUAUCUUCGUAUUUUAAUAAAACAUUGUUCCCGUACCUGUCAUUUUUCGACGUAUUGGUUUUUUGUCUGUCAGUUGUAUUUUUUUAAACGUAAUCGUUAAUCUGUCUGUGUUUCCUUCUUUCUGUUUUGAUUUUCGUUUUAAUUUAUUAAUUUUUAUACUGAUAUUUUGAUUUCCGCGUCUAUAUAUUCUUAACGUUUUCCACUUUUGCCGCUGACAUCAGUCGAACUCUACAACUACGACCAAUUGAAGCAACGCACAGCCGUCACACAUCCAAUCGAGAAGGAGCUGGAGAAACUUGAGUUGUUGUCAAAAGUGCUCUCAAAAAUUUUGGUAACAAUUAUUUACCAUGUUCUCGGUGGGCCUGAGCGGAGGUGGCGAUUCGAAUCCACAAAUAAAGUGCAAUAUAAUUCAACUGAUCAAGUUGUUUCCUACUGCAAGAUUUGAAUUACCGAUAGACGAGAUUAGGACUAGAUUUUCUCGCGUACCACCAGGUGUUGAUCCUACUAAAUAUUGUAGGGUUCUCAUUCAACCCAUUAUGGAUCCAAUCACCAAAAAAAAUAUUGGAUCAAUCAUAUUGCCUACGCAUCAGAUUUUUAAUAAUCCAAGUAUAUCAAUUACUCCUAGUUUACCGUUAGUGAAACAGCCGGCAAUAGCUUCUUCCAGCAGACCACCAUUGAAUGUACCUCCAAUUUCAAUUUUACCUGUGUCUUGUGAGUCAGACAAAUCUUCGCCAAAUAGUAAAGAAACUCAAAAAAAUGCUAAAAGAACUGCCCCAUAUCAAAUUUCUGAUCGGACAAUUAAAAAGCCUAGACUCUCUAUUACUAAGCCUACCAAACCUCGUAAAGAUUACAAUAAGCCUAUUAUAUCAAACCAAGUUGUAAAUCAUCAAAAUAUAAAGAAAAACGAUACAGUAGUUUCUAGUAUUAAUGCAGCUACAUGUAUCCCUUCAACAUCAAAUGCUGUUAUCCGAUCUUCUCAAGAGAUUGCUUGUGUGCAGUCUUCAAAAGAAGAAUUUCAAUUAUCAAAACCAGAAUUGAAUUGUAAAGAGGAUUCUUCUCAUUUAAAUGUUAAUAAAAAUGAGAAUGGAAUCUUAAUGAAGUAUUUCUGUAUUACGGACAAUCAGUGCAAGUUUGAUGGUGGUAUAGGCGAUAAAAGUGGAUUUACAAACUCAAACCAGGAAAUGAUUCGAAUACAGACUAAAAAUGAAAUUUAUGAGAUUACAAGAUCUAAGAUGAUGGAUGAAGUUCUCUUUGCUGUUGGUAUGGCCAUGAAAAAGACUGUUACUAAAGAAGAAUUAGAAACUCUAAAACAAAAUUCUAAUGUCUUACAAUCCCCUAAACUUGAUUGGUCUUCUGAUACAAAAAAUGUCACUGCAACUAGUUCUAAGACAAGCCCAGCUAAUCACAAUAAUAUUUCCAACUCAAAAAAUCAAUCCAAUCAAGUCAGUAUUAAUAAAUCACAGAAACAUACAAUCAACACACAUCAACCAUCUAAACAAACAGUUAAAAUUCCAAAUAUCACUAAACAACAAUCUGCUUCAUCAACUGUCUCUCCAAAAAUGCAACAUUCUACAAUUAAGCCAACUGAUAUAAGACAUAUUGUAACUAAUAAUCAAUUUAAUAAUACUUCUCUAAAACAAAUGGCUACAACAAAACAUAUUCAAACAUCAAAUAAACAGAAACUCAAUAGUAAACAGCUUCCCAUAGCAUCAAAACCCUCAAUAUCAACCCUAGUAACUCCUAAAAAGGUGGCCAGUUGUCAGAAUGUGAAACCAACAGUUACAUAUCAGUCACCAGUUAAAGAUGUAACUAAAUGUAUAAAGUGCAAAGUUGUAUCAGAGGAUGAAGUUUGCGCAGCAUGUCGUAUGGCUUCUCAUUUAAAAAAUGUUACAGUCACGAGGAUUGAAACACCUAGCACUUCAGCAAUUAUAGCUCCUGAGAAUCCUAUUAUUACCCCUAUAAGGCCUAUUGAUGUUCCUUCAAGUUCCACAAAUUCUGUAUCACCACAUGACUCAUCAGUCUUGAUUUUAUCAUCUGAUGAAGAAGAUGAUAAUUUGGAACCUAUUAUUACUAAAGUUGAGACAACAGAAACUUUAAAGAAACAUGUAGACAAAUUAACAUUGAAUCCUAAACUUUUGGAAGAUAGAUUAUGGCAGAAAGACUUGAGUGUUAAAGAUUAUUUUAAAAUUGAGGAGUGUUACUCUGUACACAUUGGUAGUUUUGAAACGAUUCCUGCAGUAAAUGGUGAUAUGUUAGUUUGCCUGCAUGGAAUACGUAUGGUGAUACGUAAUCUUGAAAGCGAACCAGUGACUAUUGAUUUACAAAUGGACAAUGUUGUGAAAAUUUUGGGUUCAUACGGAGAAAAACCUUUAAUUAUAAUUUAUACUGACCAAGUAGCUGCGGUUGGCAUUCAGUAUUUAUUAAAUAUGAAUGAAAACGAUAAAAACUACAUUUAUGAUCCACUUAGUAAAGAUGGCAUGCUAAAUAAAAUAGUUUGGUAUUUUAAUUUAAAAAGAAAUGAGUUAUCACAGUUAGAAAAAUUAUUGCUGAAAUUACCUAAAAAUAAGUAUGGACCUUUGACAGUAAAUCAAGCCAAUAAAAUACUUGGCUUAAAUAAAAAGACUGAUGAAGAGGCAAAAAAAUGUGAUAAAGAAGAACGGGAAAUAGCUGAUUCGAUGGUUGUAUUACUCGAAGAUAAAUUAAGUGAAAGAAUCCAUAAGAUCAAAGUAUUGGACUAUAAAAUGUUGAGUUCUGGCGAAUUUUUAAAUGAUAUUCUUAUGGAAUUUUAUAUGGAUUAUGUGUAUACUCAUGAACUAAGUGAGGAAAACAGAAAACGUUCAUGUAUCUUCAGUACAUACUUUUAUACGGCAUUAUCAAAAUCUAUUAAUCUAGCUGACUAUCGUCCAUCCUUAUCGCCGUCAAAGAUUAGACACGAAAGGGUAAAAAAAUGGACUAAACAUGUAGACAUAUUCAAAAAAGAUUUCAUUUUUAUACCAAUUAAUGAAAAUGCUCAUUGGUAUUUAGCAGUUAUAUGUUAUCCUUACUUAUCAGGUAAGGUUAACAAGGAUGACGGAACACCAGUAAAUAUACCUGAUGAUAAUAUUGGUCGAUAUCAACUGCCGCCAUAUGAGUCAACAAAUCCAGAUCGUAGUGAAGCUGAUCCUAAUGUUGAAGAUCUUUGGUUGUUUGAUCCGUGUUCAACUCAAAGCUAUGUAGAAAAGCAUGGAGUUAAUUAUGAAACUGAUGUGGCAAAUUAUUUAAAAAAUAGGCAUACACUUGUUAAACGGCCUUGCAUUUUGUUGUUUGAUUCUUUAUCUGGUGGUCUUUGCCGUGCUAGAGUCACAGCCACACUACGUGAUUGGUUGGAACAAGAAUAUAUCGCUAAAUACAAUGACGAAACCAAAAACUUUAGUCCUAAUAUUUUUAAAGCAUCUUUAGUUAAAGUACCUCAGCAACCUAAUUUUUAUGACUGUGGCCUUUUUGCCCUUUAUUUUUUUAAACUAUUUUUUGAAAAGCCGAUUGUAGAUUACACUUUUCCAAUUAGUCACUUAGAAAAUUGGUUCCAUCCUGAUGAUGUGUCUAAGAAUAACAUAAAAAGAAGAGAACUAAAUAAUCUUAUAUUGGCUAGGAUGAAAGAACGAGGAUCUGUUUUGCCUGUGGGUUUUAAAUUGCCAAUUCUCGAUUUAACUACCAUAAAGACGCUUAAUACAUCACAACAUCCUACAAAUCUUCAUAGAAUUACACAUCCAUCUGACAUAUCAAAUUCAAUAAACCUUUCAAAUCGUCAGAAUUCUUCAAAUUUUUCGUACCUGUCAAAUCGUCAUAAUUUAAACCCAGCUCACAAUCCUCCCAAACCUUCAACUUCUCAAAAUCAUCCAAAACAUCCAAAUCUUUCAUCUAAAUUUCAACAUUAUAUUAAUAGAAAUAAAAUGAGGCAUCAAAAUAACCAUCAUUAUUGUGAUGACGACAAUGAAGAUUCUGAUGAUGAUAGUAUUGAGAGUAUAGAUGAUGUUGAAAGACAAUAUGAUGAAAACAAUCUGUACGGUGAAGAAGAUGUUGACAGACAAUUUGAUGAAAAUGAUCAGUAUGAUGAAGAAGAACCAUAUGAAGAUCUUCAUAAUCAAGCAGAAUAUUUGGCUGAAAUGGCACAGAAUAUAGGACAUGAUGAUGACAGAGAAGAAGAUUUAGAACAUUUUGUCAAUGAACCUCCUUUUAAUGAAUUUCACCGUAAUAUGUUGCAUCCCAAUAAUGGAAAUGUACCUUAUGGUAAUAAUCUUCGUGCUGGACCAGGCAAUCAUAGAGGUGUUGCCCAUCCUAAUGAAAACUUUCAAUUACUUAGACCUGACAAUCAUGAUGUAGUAUACAAUAAUGACGAUGAAUAUGAUGAAAUUGUAGAUGAAGAUGACGAUGAAGAUGAAGUUGUAGAUGAAGAUAUAGAUGAAGAUAUAGAUGAAGAUGUAGAUGAAGAGGAUGAUGACGACGAAGGUGAUGAAUUUCAUCAUAAUCCUAACCAUAAUAGUGAUGAUGAUGAAGAUGACUACCCACAUGCGCCCAAUCCAAUAAUAAACCAUCACAGACAUGAUAUCCAUUUUAAUCAUAAUAGACGAUUAAAUUAAAUUGAAUGAAUUUUUAUGUUACAAUCUCAUUAAAUGUUAAGAUCAGUUUGACGUUAUUUAAAAUUGUAAAUAUUAUGAUAUAUUUGUAAGUAACAAAAUUACUUAUGUUAACAUAAUAAAAUACUGAAAUUUAUUAUUUAAAAAUAGAUAUUUGAUUUAUUAAUAUGUUCAUUCCAAUUUAUGUGCUUUAAAAGCAUAGUUUUAAAAAUAUAUUUUAUUUGAGUCAUCUAAAUUUGAUAUCCUUAUUUGGUUAGAAUUUGUUUGACAUCUAUGUUUAUGUGUAAAAAUCCAUGUGUAUUAAAAUGUU